UAUGAUAACAUACGAAUUUUGACGAUUUUUACAGAACCUAUACCGGCCGAUGUCAUUCACGCCGUUUCCAAGUUUCACGUGACCAACGAGCCUAGGCAUUUGUAUUUCUUCCGCGAAGGCUCGGUGGUCGGAUGGAACGUGUCAGAUCUWGAGGUCAGCAGUCUGAUUAACUUCCUAGUCGAACACGAGAUCGGGUCCUACGACAACCACAUCGUUAUGGACGAAAGAGAAAUCAUGUAUUACGCGUACACGAACGACAAAAAGAGUUCGAUCCAAAAGGGAAAUGUGCAUCUGAUCGGCGAUGACGUGACGGCGUCUGACUUGGACCGAUACACGUUUUCUAACGCGAUGGCGCACAGCGUGAAACUGGGUACGUGGGAAGCGCUGCUCGAAGAGUACAUAGACUCGGUCGAAUUCGUAACACAAGAUCUACAAAACGGAUUGCCUAUCCGUAUCACUAGGAAAGAAGUCAUGAAGAAAACCGGUGAACUAUUCGGACUGAGACACAGGAUUAAUUUAAGUUCAGAUCUCCUCGAUUUGCCAGACUUUUACUGGGAACGAGAACACUUAGAAACAUUUUACCGUUCUACCUGUAACUAUUUCAGUAUAUCUACACGACUCAAAACCAUGAAUACCAAAAUAAAC